CCGGGCGCUGCGGCCGAGUCGUCCCGGCUGUGGUCGCGAUGGGGAAGUCAGAUUUCCUUACCCCCAAGGCCAUUGCCAACAGGAUCAAAUCCAAGGGGCUUCAGAAGCUGCGCUGGUAUUGCCAGAUGUGCCAGAAGCAGUGCCGGGACGAGAAUGGCUUUAAGUGUCACUGCAUGUCUGAAUCUCACCAGAGACAACUACUGCUGGCUUCCGAAAAUCCUCAGCAGUUCAUGGAUUACUUCUCCGAGGAAUUCCGAAAUGACUUUCUAGAACUUCUCAGGAGACGCUUCGGCACCAAGAGAGUUCACAACAACAUCGUGUAUAACGAGUACAUCAGCCACCGGGAGCAUAUCCACAUGAAUGCCACCCAGUGGGAGACGCUGACCGAUUUUACUAAGUGGCUGGGCAGAGAAGGCUUAUGCAAGGUGGACGAGACUCCGAAGGGCUGGUAUAUUCAGUAUAUCGACAGGGACCCAGAAACUAUCCGCCGGCAACUGGAACUGGAGAAAAAGAAGAAGCAGGACCUCGACGAUGAAGAGAAAACAGCCAAGUUUAUUGAAGAGCAAGUGCGAAGAGGUCUGGAAGGGAAAGAGCAGGAGGCUCCUAUUUUUACAGAAUUAAGCAGAGAAAAUGACGAAGAAAAAGUUACGUUCAAUUUGAAUAAAGGAGCGUGUAGUUCAGCCGCAGCGUCGUCCAAGUCAAGUUCCUUGGGACCCAGCGCGCUGAAGACCGUCGGCAAUGCAGCAUCGGCGAAGCGAAAAGAAUCUUCCCAGAGCUCAGCUCAAUCGAAAGAAAAGAAAAAAAAGAAAUCUGCACUCGAUGAAAUCAUGGAGCUCGAGGAAGAAAGGAAAAGGAGCACCCGAACAGACUACUGGCUGCAGCCGGAAAUCGUUGUGAAAAUUAUAACCAAAAAACUCGGAGAGAAAUACCAUAAGAAAAAGGGUGUUGUGAAGGAAGUGAUUGACAAAUACACAGCUGUCGUAAAGAUGAUCGACUCCGGAGACAAGCUGAAACUUGACCAGACUCAUUUAGAAACCGUAAUUCCAGCACCAGGAAAAAGAAUUCUCGUUUUAAAUGGAGGCUAUAGAGGAAAUGAAGGUACCUUAGAAUCCAUCAAUGAGAAGACCUUUUCAGCUACUAUCGUCAUUGAAACGGGCCCUUUAAAAGGACGCAGAGUUGAAGGAAUUCAAUAUGAAGACAUUUCUAAACUUGCCUGAGUUUGAAAAUUUGUCAACACAUUAAAAUCCUAAAACAUCAAAUUGGUGUUCACCAAGGCAUUAUAAGACUCUACUGUGUUAGGGUGUUUCUUUUGUAUAAAGCAAAUGGACUUAUUUAAAUAUUACUGUAUAGUUGUUCAGCCAAGCUUCUAGAAAAAUCUAAUUAUGUCUCCUGAAGUUUCAAGACAAUGUAAUUUUGUUCUUAAUGGUUUUGUUUCCUUUGUAAUAUUGCCUUAAAGACUUUUUAUCUUCAUUAAAAGAAUGUUAUCGUCAA